GGGGGUGGGGAGGUAAGGUCAAAGGGAGCCGCAGAAACUGAAACCACACUGCCUUGGGGUAGAGAAAAGAAGGGGAAGCAGAACUGACACCACACUGCCAUGGGGAGAGGAGAAGGGAAAGCAGAAAUAACACUGAACAGCUGAUGGAAACAAAGAUGGGGAAGGAAAACAGAGUUUAUCUAACUUUGGGUGAGCAAAGAACCAACUCCAAAUAGCCUUUGUCAUGCCACACCCACUCUUUGAUGCUUCCUUAACUGUAUGCCAUGGUGAGGAAUUAAUAAAUCAUCUCUAAAGCAAGACAGGCUGAAAGGGUGAACACAUUAACGAGCCAAAGGAAAACUGCAGUGUUUUUUUGUUUGCUGUAUAUGAAAUAGUGUGUAUGUAGCACUGUGAAUGUACACAGCACUUUAUAAAAUUAGAUAAUGUCUGCCCAGAAAAAUUCACUGUUUACUGCUGAAUGUUAAUGAGAUGCAGUGGAUUUCACAUUUUUAAGAGAACUUAUUCUUUAACUAGGUUUAGGGAGACACAGCUUAGAGUCUGGAUGAAUACGUCUGAGGCUGGAAACAGGAAACUUUCGAUCUCUGAUAACCUGCAGAAUUUUUUCACCAGUUUUUUUUCCUAACAGUUCAUUACAUUCUCCAUUUCUAUGGAGUAAUGUCCUUUUCACAGACUAUUAUUUUGAAUUCAUUCUGAUAAGCCUAAUAUGUGCUGUUUGUUUCUCUGUUAAAAUAACUGUUAAAUUGAGAUACAAAGCAUGGAGUUAACCUAAAACAGCUCUUGAAGCUCCUGCUUUCUACGUGUUUUUAUAGGAUUUGCUUUCUUGGUCUUUCUGUUACAGAGAUAAUUACCUAUUUAAAAAAAUAAUAAUCUAAUUUGUGCAGUGAUAUAGUCUAGUAGAUAGCUAUUUCUUUAUACUGCAGUUUUCCUUUAAGGUGGUGUGUACCAGUGCAAAAGCAGGGCUAACAAACUUUCAAAGCAAAGCAUUGAGCCAUUCAGUCUUAUUCCACAUUUUGGUACCAUUAUCUUUUAUACUGAAGGAAAAUUGAACACAACCCUUCAAUCAGCACAAACUUUUUUUUGCACAUGUGAAAUUGCUAGUGCAUUGCUAUAAGGGCCUUAUACCCUGGUUUUAGGGGCUCAAAGGACUUUUGACACUCUGGCCUGAGUUGUUAUAAGAAAUCAGAGUAGAGUCCUGUGUUAUAACCACCAAAACCCACCUCUGUCACAAGAGAAAGUUUACAAUUUCUGUGUGUCUUUAACAAAAAUUCCAUUUACCUCAUAUUUUCUCCUUGUCCUUGUUUCCUUUGUAUUUCCAGUUGUUGAUGCUGUUUCCCAGGGCAUGAGCUAUUGCUGCAGCUUGGGAGUCAGCUGCUAAAUAAUGAAUGUGUGGAGUCAGACAUAGGGUUUGGACUUUCUGUUCUGCUCCAGCAGGAGGAGCACUAAACCCAUCAAGCCGUCAUGUUCAGUCUGUGCACCCACGAGCAGUGGGCUGUUGGGAAUCUCAUGCAUUCCCAUUCUCAAACCUCAGAAGUACAAGGCCUGACCCAUAGCAGAAGAAAAGCCCUUUUCAUUGUUAAAUUGAAAAUCAGUUAGUUGGUGCCUGUAGAUAUUGAUGGCACAUAGGCAAACCUAUCAGUAUUAUUCAAAUUAUUUUGUGGUGGCAAAGGUUUAAAGGCCAGAUUGCCAAAUUUCCCAGUUAUGCUGGCAUGUGGUACCCUUCAAUGUUAUUUAUUUGGAUCUCUCUAAAAACGUGAACACUUAAGUGAGCCAUGUACACUUGAAUUCUACAUGAUGGGAAAGAUGUGUCCUGGUUUUCUGAGAAGAGAGUGUUGGAGUGUGAAGGCCUCCAGGGUGAUAAUGGGAUUUUUUAUAAAUAAUAUACUUUUAAAAAAAAGAAAAAAAAGAAAAAAAUAGUUGGGAGCAGCUGCUCCAGGUGCAACCUGCUGUAACCAAGAAUGUUGUUUCUAUUUUUAUAGAAGUUUUAUACCGCUCCAGGGUGGAGAGUAUUUAUUACCUAAAUUAUUUCACUGGAAAAAAAAAAGGCCAGGGUUUUGUAGAAUCCUGAAUGUGAUUGUUUUACACUCAUAACGAUGUGCACAAUUGAAACUACUGAGUGGCCUGUUUGCAGCCCAACAACUGCCAAAUGGGAGAGAUGAAUGCUGUGAACCAGUGGAGGAGAGCACUGUGCUCUGGGGUCUCUACAGUCACUCUUACCUUCUUUGCACCCUACCCCACUGUGCUAUCUGAGAACUUUGUCUCGUUUUUCUUUUAAUCUGAUGCUCUGGCCGCUUUUAGUAGUCAUUUUAGUUGCCCAAAAUUAGACAUUUUAGCUUUCACAUCCUACAGCUUGUCCUCAGUGCUGUGACUUACAGAUCAAGCUGGGCAUUGUUGCAGGUAGGUGCUUAGGAGAUUGACCUUUACACUGUUUGGUCACUGACUCCUCCCAGACAUAACCACCUUAGACAGGUAACUUGGGCUAGCUCUUGUGCCUUACUGGCAUAACUAUAUUAUAAGUAUUGCCAAAAAGGAAAAAAAAAAAAAAAAGAAAGAAAGAAAAAAGAAAAAAAAAAAGACAACAACUAUGCAGGUUAAAUUCUAAAAUAUGUGAUCCUCAGUUAGUUUGAAUCGAUGUAGUUCUGCUUUCUUCAGUAGAGCUGCAUCAAUUUUCACCAGCUGAAGAUGUUGCCCUUUUUCUGUAUUUGUUUGAGAUUUCCCUUUUUUGGUGUAUCAGUGUAUAUGUUGCCAAAGUUAAUAAAUGUAUCUAGUUUGUGACUUCAGCAGAUUUUUCUUCUGAUAACAGAACCGGUCAGAUAAAGUCAACAUUCCUGUGUCUUUCUGGUGGCUGCUGCUCAAUCUAGAGACUUAGGUUCUUCCCUUCCAGUUCUAAGUCAGCUUUCUUCCUCACUGUCUGUCAGGAAGAAAAGUCUGAGACUGCUGGGAAGGAAGCUUGGGGUUUAUUUUAUCUUAUUUUUAAUUCCUGUCAUGCUCUUAUUCAAGCACAAAACAGAUCAGUCAGCUCUUGGGACCUGAUGGGGGCAAACUGCCCAAAACAAAAAAAUUGGAUUCUGAUUAGUAUCUGAUGUGAAAGGAUAUAUCAAAAUACUUUGAGUAAUGCUUAGAAAUAAGGAAAUUAUCUGCAGAACAACAAUUAAGUAAUAGGAAUUUAAAAAGAAUUUAAAAAGCAUGCUUGUAUAGGCCAGGGACAGAGAUUGGAAGGAAUGUUAAAAAGGCGUGAGAAACAGAAGUACCAAAACCAUUUGGGGGCAAACUUGACUCUCUCUUGAUAUUAUGAUAUUAGAAACUAUCAUCAGAUGUUUCUUGAUUACAGUCUGUUCUUGUGUCAAACACUUUACUCUUGGAUAGCUCAAUAAGGAUCGGAUGAGUUCAAAUAAACUGUAGAGGGAUUGGCUUAAUUAGCCACACAGGCAAAAUUUUCUUUAAACUCAAGCCAAAGAAUCUGAUUUUUUUUUUUUUUUUUACAACAAAGCCUAGUGAGACUUCUCAUGAAAUAGAAUUGCAUGUUACCUGUGUCACCAGAAAAUACUUGAGUAAUUUCUAGGAGCAAGAUGGAAAUGUGUCUGCUUCAUACAUUUCUCUCAGAAGACAUUUGACUUUACUAGAUCUACUGUAAUAAUAUGAAAGUAUUAUGAAUGAUGAAAGUCUUAGUCUGGUGCUACUUAGUAUCUAGUACCAUUGCAAAUGAACUCAUCGAUUCUUCUGCCUCACAGAUUACCAACAGUCCAAAAUUAGAAACCUCCCUAUAAAUUAUUCUUUCCCCUUCUGCAAUACAGGGCUUGCACUGUUAGAAAAUGCCUUUGAUACAUAGUCUUUAAAUUUGAAGUCUAAGCAGAAGAGAAUUGGAAUUUCUCAGAAGUAUGAGACAAUGACAGUGAAUAUCUUUAUAUUUUAAUGAUGAAAUAGAAUCUACAGCUAGUAAAGUAUUCUCUGGAAGGUAGGUACCUCAGAAAAUUUCUGACCUUCAUAAAUCAAUGCAGGAAAAAGUUUUAAAUCUGAAUAACGAGUUACACAUUGUGAUGGUUUUUGCUUGCAUCAUACAGCCAACUGAAGUGUUUCUUGUUAAUAGUUGUGAGGUAGGGAUGGGCAACUGAGCAGAAUCCAUCUAGUUAUGAAGUUGUUUCUAAGUGUUUUUUUUGGAAGCACCUUAAAAACAAACAAACAAAAACUUGAAUAAAGCAAGCUGCAAAUGAGGAAUGUUGCUAUGAGCAGGCAAAAUACUUUGAAAGCUUUUUGUUGCAGACGUUUAAACAUAAGGGUGUUCUACAUCCCUGAGCAUACUUACUACAAAGUAUAAGCUACAGAAUGCAGAAUAGUUGCAUUACGUUAUCACAGCUGUGAGAAUAAAACAAGGGCAAGCUGAAAUAACUGUCCCCAAAUAAGUGAGUCCUCAUUCAGUUUCUCAUGGCUCUGUUCUUGUAGGACAGUCCUUCCUAAUGGCUUUAUUGGAACUUAGCGACUUUGAGUGGAAAUUUUAAGUGAAAUAUUUGAAAAAUCUAUUCAAAAAGCCUAAACAAAUCACACUCUCAAUUCCUAAUGGUGCAUGCUAGAUGUCACUUGAUUUCAUGCCUUGUAUUCUGUCUCAUGCCUCAGAUCAUGAGAAGUUUGUGGUUAGGAUUUAAAACCUCACAGCUAGAGCAUUUCUAGAACCGUGGAAAUAAUUGCAAGAGUUGCAUUGUACUCUGCUGGAGUUUGUUUCAACUCCAUGUUAAGUCCUUUCUCUAAACUGGAAAGUAUGAAGAGCAAAGUAAUCUCAGCAUUUUUUUGUAAGUAGUCUUACAGUUUUAGGGGACAAUGUACUGCCUUUUGCUUUGGAGCUAGAAUACAAUCUUUGUAUUUCUGAACAUACUAUGAAUAAUAUAAUAUGAAAGUCUCAUCCUGCACUAGUCUGUAACCUCCAGCUUUGAGAGGUGCUGAGAAAAGGCAGCAUACAGGAGAUAGAACAGAGUUCACAGAGUGGAGAAAAGCCUUGUUUCCUCUCUUCUCUGCUUCCCACGCUCUUCCCAAAACCUUUCUUCUCUUUUGCAGUUUGGAGGGUGAGGGGAGGAAACAAACAUGUAUCAACAUUUAAGAAUUAACAGAUUUAUAAACCUUACAAAAGGUUCGGGAAACAUAUUUUUCUAUUCUUCAAACUGGCAACAGUGACUGUAGAGCUUCUCAGAGCCCAGAAUCCCCUCCUUGCAAAGCCAGGGAGCUGGGGGCUGUUUGUAUAAGAGGCUGGGAAAGGAAAAUCCCUGUGCAGGUCUAAUGGUAUGGAAAGUGCUCAGCUAGGACAAGUCUUAACUAGCAGUCAAGUCUUAAGGAGUUUUCUAAUGUGUAGGGGUUUUGGUUCCACUUACUUGUCUUGUAUAAUCUUCUUAUUUUUCUGUUCCUAACUACCCAACUCCAGUUUCAUGGGCUAGUAGCGAAUGAGAAUGGGCUGUAGCUGAAGGAAAGAACAUGGAUUUCCUGGGCUACCACUGCCUAUGAACUUCCCAUGUUAGGAUACUAGAAAAGUCUCAGCUGUCAAACCACCUGUGAAUCCCCUUGAGUCCUCUGUCUUGUCUCUCACAGUCUCAAUCUCUGUGGUUGACUGUGAGCACUGGAGCCCUAUUUUUUUUGGAAUCAGUCUCCUGAGGAGAGUGCUUGCUCUGUUCCUCUCUUAAACAGAGCUAGUGGAGACCUUGGGCACAGGACAGGUUGGACACAUACUAGUCAGUGUGGCACUGGCAUGCUCCACAGAGUGGAUGCUGAGGGAAAUCGAGGCCUCUGUUUCCAUUUAGUUUCUGGCAGUUUGAUGUUUACUUGGUGUCCUUCAUGUACUUUGACUUUUACUUGUCCAUCGUUGGCAUGUGCUGCCCUUCCCUGUCAACUCCCUUCCCCAGGAGGUCUCAUUGUACAGUGCCCAUUCUUGUUCUCUCUCUCCUUGUUUGGAUGUACUGCUCUGUGUAACUCAGUGGGUCUCCCUCUUUCUGGUUUGUUUUUUUCUAGAUUCCUGCCGUUUGUUCAUCGUUGUGCCUAAAGCAUGUCGAUGUGGCGUUCAAGUACAUCGUCCAAAUCCUUGUCUCUUCAGCUUCUCUGAUGCUUGAACUCUCACCUUUGACCUUGUGUUGACCUUUGAUGCUGAUGUGUAUUUUUAUUAUGUUUGUUUCUUUCUUUGUUUUUUUUUUUUUUGUGCUGCCAAAUUGGUUUUGCUAGAAAGACUGCUGAAGGGGGAAUAUUUAAACUUGCAUUUGAAUAUAAAAGAAUUUCUAUUUUUCUAGACCUUCGUAAGAUAACCACUUGAUUUUGUGAAUCUGAUUCUUUGUAAUUGUCUUCAGAGCAGCCUUGCUAGCAUACCUUGUGGAGUGUUUGUAUUUCUGUGAACAUACAGCCAAUCACUUUCUAGGCUUAGUUUUUUCUGUGUGCUUAGUUUUAAAAACACAGUUUUGAAGAAAAAGUCAAUUAUGUCGUGUGAUUCGAUUUUUGAGGAGACUUCCUAGUCACAUUUUGCUGAUCUGGUUUCUGUGCUUGAGGAGACAGCAUGUGUUUUUUGAGUUCGAACUUGUGACUUGAGUGGCAUCAGCAGAAAACACUUGAACUACAUUUUCUUCCGAUUGUAGCUACAUUUUUGCCCUUGCAUUCAUUGAUUUUUUUUUAUUUUAUUUUUUCCCUCGCUUCCCUGUGUGAUUAUCAGUCUGCAGUGAAAAUUUGAUCGAAGUUGAUGUUGUAUUUUGUUAAGCCCCAGCAUGCUUGUUUUUUUCGUAACUACAAUCUCCUCAGCAAAAUGUGAUGUUUUUGUUUUAUUCUUUCAAACUGAGAUCAUGCCCAGAAACGUUUUGCAUGUUUCCUGCUGUUUUCUUCACACCCUCGUAUAUAUCACCUUCACCUCUCUGUUUUCUAUAGUUUGUGCAAAAACUGAGCAAUUUAAUGGGUUUCAAAGGUAUCCUUUUUAAAUUGGUGUUUUUGGUAUGACAAAUAUCUGAUCAGAAGCCACCUGAGGGCAUCUACCUGUGCACUUAGACUGUCUGCCUGACAGAGCACCUGGACAUUGUUCCAUCUCCAGCACUGUCAGAGGCUCUUGGGGGCUGGGCUACACUGUUCCUGUAGUAGGAGUCUUGGUGGAAGGGGAUAGCUGGGAAGCAGGAAGAUGGGCAAACUUCAUGGUGUUUCUAUUACUAAAGUUCUCUGAAGCUAGGGCUCCUUUGAAACACUCUUUACUAGUACUUUAUAUAAUUCAGGGCACGUUUUUAUGAAACCCAGCCUCAGCUUAAUACCAUCAAUCAGACUCUGGUGGUGGUGGCAGGAUCCUGGAAAGAUCUGGGGUAGCUCUUGAAAUAAAGUAUUUGAAAUAUUCUAGAGAAAGCAUUUGUAAACCUAGUCAUACAACUGCUGGCUCUUUUCCCAAGUGACAAGCACAAUACGACAGCCUCUGAAGCUGUUACCUGAACAGGGUACCAUCCCCAGCUGUCUUCUCAAGGGCCUUAGCUGGGGAAUCUCUACGGAGAUUUUUUAGUUUUUGUUUAGUUUUUAAUUGGGUAAUGAGCUGAGCGGUUUUUCUGGCUUGCAGAAUGAAUGAGAACAGAUCACUGCUUUCUGCAUGGCAGGCUUCCCCCAACCCUACUCAAGAUCUGCACAGGUAGAAAGUGGAAGGUAGCUUUUAGUUGAAGGCGCCUGAAGGGUGUUGUGCUGUGGUGAAGUUUCAGUCAAAAGGAGAAGAGAGCUAGUGUAGAUAUCUUAACAGUGUAAAAUAACAUUAAAUGAAGUCCCAGGAGAAAGGAGUUUGCUGAGAAAAUUAAUUAUUUUGAUUGGAUAGAAAUCAUACUCUUGUCCAGUGUUUGGGAUAAUGAAAAUGCAGUGAAGAUUCCAUCCCAAUCCUGAGUUGGCUGAGGAUACUAUACCGUUGAUAGAUACUAGUUAGAUCUGCGUAGACAGUCUUUAAGAAGCUGAAGGGACAGAAUAUUUUUGGGAUUUGGUACAUAUACCUGGGAAUGAAGUGUGAGGCUGGAUGAGAAAAGGAUAGAGACUUGUUUAUUUUGAAGGUAGGGUUGUGGGCUGGCUGCUGUUAGUCCCACAGUCUGAAUGCACAGGGCUGGGUGUCAGUGGGGACACUGAUACCCUGCAGUGUAUUGAGUAACUGCCAAUACAUUUCUGUACGUGCGCAUUUGGUUCCGUAAGGAACUCUGGGGAAACCUGUGGAAAAAUAUCUGAAGAAAACCAAAAUGCCAAACGUUGGAUGUUUCUUUCCUUUCUUAUUUCCUUUCCUUCCUUUGGUUGUUUUAAUUGUUCUAUGGUGGUUUUAAUGGAUUUGAGACAGUGGAGCAGCAGCUGCCUUUCUGAUUUUUGGCUGCUUUUUGUGAAUAAUUUAAAAAGAAAAUUUACAUUUUGGAGACAAACCUGUGGGCUUUUUUAUUGGUACAAACAUUGUAUUUAACACUAGGGGUUUUGUACAGUUUUUUGCCUUUUCUACUAGAAAACAAUGUAAAGUGAUUCACAAUGUGAUGAGAAAACAAAUUGCCACUAUGACCAAAUGUAGAGUCUGUUCUGCAGUAAUGGGAUUUAAUCAACUCGAAGUCGUGGUUCAGUCAUAGAAAUGCUUUUCUUUACCUUGUUUGAGCUGUUCCUUUAUUUUUCUUGUUUUGAUUUGCAAAACAAAAUGUCUUUUUGUGUGAAAUUGUGUUGUACUCUGUAGAGAAUUAUGGAUUUUACUUCAAUGGUUUAAGAAGCGGAGGAGCACAUUUUGCUUUUCUGAUGGCAGAGCUUGUGUAGUGGAUUUAAAAAUGAAAAGAUUUGUUACAAGUUUGGAUCAAGCGAGUAUGUGUUAAAGGAAUUUUCUUCCUUUUGUGUGUGUGUUGUUUUUUUUUUGUCCCAAAGGGCAACUUAAAGCUGUUUUAAUUGCACAGACACACCGACAAUAAGUCAUUUUGUAUAUGCCAAGUGUGGUACCUUCCUUUGUUUAUUUGCUAUUAAACUGUUUGAGAAGAGUCCCUGUGUGUUGUGUUUGUGUCUUAAACUUGAGGUUCUUUUUGGGUCCAGGUGUGGGAUGCUGAGGAGAGAUGAGAUCUGUCUUUCACUUUCUCACUCGUGAACUACAGAAAUUUUUGUGAUCCAAUGUCACUUGUUCUGGAUGCACAGAACUGCCUUCCAUGCUGAUCAGCUACUUUGAGUACAGUUGAAAAUGUUUUUAUGGUUAUUUAUCUUCCAUUUGUGUCAUUUCCUGCUCAAGUCGUAAACAUCUUGGAUAAUGCUUUUGUGUGGUUCACUGGGGAAUGAGUUGUAGACAUAUCCAGCCUCACACCCUGCCCAUGCAGUGUGCUUUGUGGUGUUUGAAGGGCUGAUUAACUCCAGUGUAACACCAGACUUGAGCUAUAUAUGUGUGCAUGGUGGUAUGUAAGAUUGAAUAAGCACUCCUGGAGAAGUCAUCUCGUUCUACUCCUACAAGCCCCAUACCUUCCACUCCCACCACCUCCUUACCACAGACAAGACUAAGUUUGCUGAACUUGUCCUAGUUCUGCGACGUGGAGGUGUCUGCAGCCCCUCGUGCUCCUGCCCCUGGAAAUACUACUCCGGGAAGUCCAAACAAGUUAGGAUUUCCAUUAAAACCUCUUAGAGUUUUAUAACACCUCAGGCGUUAGUAGCUCAGGUUUUAUGAUAUGCAAAAAUUUGUGAUAAGCAAAGCCUGCUUUGCUUUUAGAGCUGAAGUACAAUAAUUACUUGAAAUGUGUUUUCUAAAGGUUAAUAUUUGCCAUAGGCAGAAUAUAAUUCAUUCAGAAACUUGACACUAGUUUGAUGUUAGUAUUGCCCCUCUCAGAGGGGAAAGUACCACAAUGACCAUGACUCUGCUAUGUUUGUGAACAUUCUACAGUUAGUAGGAUCUUUCCUUCUGCUGGCUUCCACCUCAGAGUGCAAGCACAUUCAGGGGAAGCCAUAUUCCUCUUCCAUGUUCUUUUCCUCUAUUAAAUGGCAUACUUGGUUUCAGCCCAUUACUUCCUACAUAACUGUAAAUCCGAGAGCACUUGCAAGCACCAGGACUCACUGCUGCAUUCCUUCCUUUGCAGUGCCCCAUUGCAGAGUGAGGCGCCAAGCCACCUGUUGCAUCGUGUGCUGGGAUCAUUGCAGUUAAUUUGCAGCUGUUGAGAAGGGAGGCUGGAGAUAUUUCAGUUCAAAUAUGCCUGAGGUGAAAGAUGGAGAGAAACAAUUGAAUCAGAGAAGUGGCUUGCUUAGUUGGGAUGGAAGAUUCUUUCUUGUGCAACAAAGAUGGCAAGCCCUAUCUUACCCAAUUGGUUAACAGCAGCUUUGUCCAUUGUAACUUAUGGAACUGAUGGUAGAUCCCUCUGGAUAGAUAGCAUUCUUUUUUUUUUUUUUUUCUUUUUGAAGGUAUUUUGUUUUGUUUUAGCCUUUGGAAGUCCACCACCACCAAUCAAUAGACUAUUAAUCUAUAAAUAAGAGCCAACAUAUUAGUCUCUGAAAAUUAUCAGCAUUUUACAUAGGUUCCUAAAUUCAUCAAUAUCAACAGGAAAACACAAAUCAGUGGAUUAAGUCUUGAUAUUGAAUGUUUUAGGAUAAAUUGUUUUCCUUUCACAUUCUCCUCUAGCUCUCACUACUUGUUUUGACUCCAGGCUCCAAUAUUCCUGAUUUUUACCACCAUGGCCUGCUGUCUUCAUAUGGCCAGGAGCCACAGGGCGUUAUGAAAAGUAAUGGGCAAGGAGAUGAACAGCUCAGCAUGGUCACUGUUAGAAAGUCAAUAUGUGUAUGACUAUAGCUUCACAGCUGAGAUACUGGUGAUUUCCAUGCCAGGUGAGAUACUGUGAUUUCCAUGCACCUUCAAGCUUGCUUAUUUGUAGUUCCUGAGAAGAAACUAUUGGUGGUUUAAUAUAGAAGCUGUAUUUGUUUCUCAUGUGAUCUAGAGCAGUCUUGAGCCGCAUACUGAUCACCCUGCCAUUAAAUUCUCAAGUAUUGGUAGUCAGUAUGUAGGUGAUGCUAUCCACUUACUCCUCCUUAUUUAGACAGAUUUAUUGGGCUCAAAGUGGUAUCAUCCAUAUCACAGUAUGUUUCUGCUUAUUGAGGAUGAUUAGUUUGAGCUUGGUGGUUCUCCAAACUCUAAGUUAAGUUUUCAGCUUGGCAGAUUAUUUUAGUGGAUUCUUAGGAGACUAAGCACUGUUUCAUUGGAGUAUAGCACGCAACUCAAAAGCAAGGAAGUACAGUAUGAUCAGCAAAAUGCAGGACAUUUAAGUUACAGACAGGUAUGAAAGUGAAGUAGUCUGCUCCAGCAAAGAAUUAUGUGAUUUUUUUUUGUUUUGUUUUGUUUUUGUUUCCCUUUUUUUGAGUCCUGACUGACUUAAUUCUUUUAUGGCUGCUGUCUCUGGAUCUCUUAAGUUUCUACAAGUACAAGUAGAAAUUCAAUGGCCACACCAUUAUUACUGCUUUCCGCAGGGAUCAGUCUUCAUCCUGUGUCCAUCCCAUCACCCACCUCUGGAGAGGCAUAUAAAAAUCACUGCAGGAAGGAGGGUUUUUUAUAUUCCGAAUCAGGCUUUUAAAGAAACCCUGAAAUCUAAGGGAACUAGAUAAUUUUAACAGUGUUGGCUUUGUGCAUUAACUCGCUCUGUGUUAGCUUUUCUUUCCUUCACUCUUCUGUAGGUUUUUUUUCCAUAGUUUACUUCCAAAGUUUGAGUAUACAGAGGCUCUGCUGAAACACUUCCUAGCACAUCACCUCUCUGAAAAACAAUGCUAAAUUAAAUGAGAUUACCAAAGAGUUUAUAAGCUCCCAAAAGAAAAUAAGCCUGAUGGUAUCAAGAUUUCUACCAUUGAAGAAGUACAUAUUUUCAAUAGUUUUCUGAUUAAAAUUUUGGAUAAAGGCAUGGAUGGAAUCUCCAGACUCUGAUUCCUUAUUCUUGUGUGUCCUGGUUUCUCUAAGAGUAUUCUGUCAGGAAGUCUCUUUUGGGUUCGUGUUUCCUUAGGCAGCCAUGACCCAGACCAGGAUGAUCCAAUCAGCAUUCUAUCAGUUAUUGCCUUUGCUUCAGACAUCAUAUUCAUAUAGAAGCAUGGAUGUAGCUGGAGAUAUGCCUGCUUCUGUAUAGAGGUCUGUUGUUGAAACUCUGAAUUACCAUUUCUUCUCUUUGGCCAGGAAAAGACUCAGAAAACUGUGUCAGGGACUUCUGUAUCUGAAAAACUUUACAUGUCCCUAAUGUAUCUUCACACCCCCCACAGUUAGGUAUCUCUUCUUCUGAAGGACAGAGUAAGUCUAUAGAUGGUUCAAAGGCUGGGUCAAUUAAAAAUGCAUACCGGAUCAAUGGAGGUAUGAAACUUGCUUCCUAGAGUAACCAGUCUAACUUUACUCUGUUAAAGAUAUACAGGAGAAUUAAAAGCUAUCUUCAAAUUGGGCUGAGAGUCUUACGUGGAGCAGAAGGUGCAGAAAUGUAUUGCCUUAGUUCAUUGUUAUUCAUCAUUACAGUUCAGAGAAGUCUGGAUGUAGAACUUCAAAAAUGCCUUUAACAAAUCCUGUUGAAGACAGAGUACCAGCUCUCCCUGGAGCCUUCUCUUCAGGCUGAUCAGCCCCAGCUCUUUCAGCCUGUCCUUGUAGAAGUGUUCUAUCCUUUGGAUCAUUUUUGUGGCCCUCUCUGGAUGCGCUCUGCUGUCAGGCAUGUUGUUGCAUGUACAGUGUACGUACUGGAAUUUUUGGAUUCCUUUUUUAAAACAUAACCUACUUCUUAGAGUAUAUAUUUUUCCUAGAGAUAAAAUGCUAGCUGAGCGUACUACCUCCCAGGCUACCCCAUCACCACAGUGCUUUUGCAAAAGAAAAUGGCAAGUAAGAAAAGAGGCAAACAUAACAUCCCUGUGUCUGCAGCUGAUUGUCUGUCUCUCUGUGAGGUAUUUAUAAGCUGCAUACUGGCAGGCUGGGGUGGGCAGUUGGCUCACUCUGACCUUGGAGGCUGGAAGCCUGACCAGCAUUCCUGGGAGCCACGUGAACCAGACUGGCAGGAACAGCUGCAACCAAUGGAGAUGCCUAGCAGUGGCUGCUCAGAUUGAGUUUCACUCCAGUCACUUGAGAUUUUUCUCUUUCUCCCCCUGUUGUGCUUUUCGUCUUUGUUUAUGGGAUUGGACAGGCAAGUGCACUGAUGUAGUCUUAGUGAGCAAGACAUUCGUUUAGUGGAUUUGGGAUUCUACCUUCAUCACCAAACAGCCACUUCUUGCCAUUGCCUUCCACAGCUCCAGCUGCCUGGCAUGGCUGGGCUUUUAUAGCUCCAAGCUUUCUGAGCACACAACCUGCCCUUCUGUAAUUAGGGCAUUUUAUGUUGUGUUCUCUCAGGCUCUUCGUUUUUGCUGCAUUUAGAGUUUAGUAUAUGAGGCUUUUUAAUGCAUGGGAGAUGGGUCAGGACCAGACAAAGCAACAGAUAGAAAAAGGACUCCAUCUUUACCAAUCUAAUCAAACUGAAAAGGCUCUGCAAGUCUGGAUGAGGGUUUUGGAGAAGUCUGCGGAUCCUGCUGGCAGGUUUCGCGUUUUGGGUUGCCUCAUCACUGCUCAUGCAGAGAUGGGCAGAUACAAAGAUAUGCUGAAGGCACACCAUGUGAUGAAGCUUCAGAGAAAGUUCGCAGUGGUGCAGAUUGACACAGCACGGGAGCUGGAAGACCCUAAUUACCUUACAGAGGGCUAUCUAAACCUGGCUCGCAGCAAUGAGAAACUCUGUGAAUUCCAGAAAACAAUAUCUUACUGUAAGACAUGCUUGAACAUGCAGGGUACCACUGUGAGCCUGCAGCUGAACGGCCAGGUGAGCCUCAGCAUGGGCAAUGCCUUCCUGGGCCUCAGCAUUUUCCAGAAGGCUUUGGAGUGCUUUGAAAAAGCUUUACGCUAUGCACACAACAAUGACGACAAGAUGCUGGAGUGUCGAGUCUGCUGUAGCCUUGGGAACUUCUAUGCCCAGAUAAAGGACUAUGAGAAAGCUUUGUUCUUCCCAUGUAAAGCAGCAGAGCUGGUGAAUGACUAUGGAGCAGGAUGGAGCUUGAAGUACCGUGCAAUGAGCCAGUAUCACAUGGCAGUAGCCUACCGGAAACUGGGGCGCUUGGCAGACGCCAUGGACUGCUGUGAGGAGUCCAUGAAGAUUGCCCUUCAGCACGGUGACCGGCCUCUGCAGGCACUGUGUCUGCUGUGCUUUGCUGAUAUUCAUCUCAGUCGCAGAGAUGUGCAGACAGCCUUUCCCCGGUACGAUUCUGCCAUGAGCAUCAUGACAGAGAUUGGAAACCGCCUGGGUCAGAUCCAGGUGCUGCUAGGAGUGGCUAAGUGCUGGAUGAUCCAGAAGGAGCUGGACAAGGCUCUGGAAAGCAUUGAAAAGGCACAGGAACUGGCAGAGGGACUAGGGAACAAGCUGGGUCUGCUGAAGCUCCACUGUCUGUGUGAAAGGAUCUAUCGCACAAAGGGGCUGCAGCGAGAAUUGCGUGACCAUGUAGUGAAGUUCCAUGAAUGCGUGGAGGAGAUGGAGCUGUACUGUGGCAUGUGUGGAGAGUCUAUUGGGGAGAAGAACAACCAACUGCAGGCGCUGCCUUGCUCCCACUUCUUCCACUUGAAGUGCCUGCAGACCAACGGGACGCGGGGCUGCCCCAACUGCCGCCGGCUGUCGGUGAAACCCGGAUACGUGUGACCGGGACUGCGGACACGGCCGGGCACGGGAACCGCGGGGCCUCCUACUGGGGGAAAUGGGGCGGCGGGGCGCUUCCUCGGGCUGCCCUCAGCGUCGCCGCCUUGGGCCGCCUCUCCGCGCACUUCUGUACGCGCACUGACUGGAAUAAACGCUACCGCCGCCACCA